AUGUCACCUUCCGCCAUUAUUACCUACGAAAACAAUAACAAUCUUGAUAGUAUCGAAUCAUACUAUCCCAAAGAUUCUUAUGUUGAACUCAAUGGCGUGAAUACCGCAAAAACUAUAAUUGGAAAUGCUUUAAAGCAAAGGGUGGAAAAUAUUGAUAAUGAUGUCUGCGAGGCAGAUGACGAAGAUGCGUUCUUCGUCGCUGAUCUAGGCGAGGUUUACAGACAGCACAUGAGGUGGAAGAAGAAUUUACCCAGAGUCAAACCGUUUUAUGCGGUCAAAUGCAACCCAGACCCACAAAUCAUUCGUCUCUUGGCAGAACUUGGCACAGGAUUUGAUUGUGCUUCCAAGGGCGAGAUAGAGCAAGUCCUCAAGGCUGGCAUCGACCCUGCUCGUAUUAUUUAUGCUCAACCAUGCAAGACGAACUCCUACGUUCGGUAUGCUGAGAAGCAAGGAGUCAAGCAAAUGACAUUCGACAACAGCGAUGAGUUAUACAAGAUUAAGAAAUUGUUCCCAGGAGCCGAACUGUUUCUCCGGAUCUCUACCGAUGACUCCUCGAGCUUGUGCCGAUUGAGCUUGAAAUUUGGAGCAGCCAUGGAUGCAACAAGCAACCUUCUUGCUCUAGCCAGAGAACUUGACCUCAAUGUUGUUGGCGUUAGCUUUCAUGUAGGAUCCGGUGCCUCUGACCCUCUUGCAUUCAGGAAGGCAGUUCAGGAUGCUCACACCGUCUUCGAACAAGCUCGCACAUAUGGCUACUACAUGCAUACCCUCGACGUCGGUGGAGGUUUCUGUACUGAGACAUUUGAAGUAAUGGCUUCCGCACUUAGUGAUGCCCUCGAGGAAUAUAUGCCAAAACACAUCAAAAUUAUCGGAGAACCUGGACGUUACUAUGUUGCCAAUGCUUUCACGCUCGCUUGUAACGUCAUUGCACGCCGAACUGUCGAAGAUCCAGAAACCUUGGAAAAGAGCUACAUGCUUUACCUAAAUGAUGGUCUUUAUGGCAAUUUCUCUAGCAUCAUGUUUGAUCAUCAAAACCCAAUUGCUCAUGUCCUUCGAACUGGCAACCGCUCUUACUUUGACACUCUGGCAAGUCAAGCAACCCUCGAAGGCACCGAGUACUCGAUCUGGGGUCCAACUUGCGACGGUAUUGAUCGUAUUUCUGCAAGCAUUCGCUUCGAUCACAAUCUUGACGUUGGAGACUGGCUCUAUUUUGAGAGUAUGGGCGCAUACACCAAGUGCUCUGCAACGAGAUUCAACGGCUUCACAGACAGCCAUGAUGUUAUCUAUGUUUCUAGUGAGCCGGGAGUCAAUGCCCUACUUGAAAUGUGA